UGCCUGCUUCCCUAGUCGGGUUGUUAAAGAGAGAGAGCUCUGCAACUCUGGGAGGCGCUCUUGCUGAUUCAUCGCAUAUUACUUCGAGGCUUUUCCCCCGAGAACAGCGAGGUACUCAUUCCAGGCCCGGGCAGUGGGAUUGAAAGUAGCGGGGUGCAAGAGCCCUACUAAGGGCGGUCACUGCAAAAGAAUAGAAAGAAGUGUGCACCACAAAGUGGGGGCGGGGCGGGAAACCAUGCCUCUUUGAUGUCAGUUACCUUCGUGGCUACACUGUGCUAAUCAUUAUCCCGCCCCCCUCAAACUCCCAGGGCUUCGAGCCUUCCCGCCAGCCUCUGAGCAACUGACGCCGCCCGAACCGCUAUGGAAGAAGAGCUGAAGUGCCCGGUAUGCGGGUCUCUGUUCCGAGAACCCAUCAUCUUGCCCUGUUCUCACAAUGUCUGCUUGCCUUGUGCCCGCACCAUAGCUGUACAGACUCCCGACAGCGAGCAACACCUGCCUCCGCCGCUCUUGCAUUCUCGGGGCCCUUCGUUGCCCACCGGCUCAACCGCAGGUCCUCCACCAGAAUAUGAAACUGGGACCGGACCAGCCUGUAGUGGUGGAGGCACCAGCAGUAGUGGCGGCGGUGGCGGCGGGGUAGGUGGUGUCGUUGGGGGAGGGGAUCACGCUGAUAAGCUAAGCCUGCACAGCGAGACGGACAGCGGUUAUGGCUCCUACACUCCCAGCCUUAAGUCCCCUAAUGGAGUGCGUGUACUGCCCAUGGUGCCCGCACCCCCCGGCUCCUCAGCCGCAGCUGCCCGGGGAGCCGCCUGUUCCUCCCUAUCCUCUUCUUCCUCCAGCUCCAUCACCUGCCCUCAAUGCCACCGCAGCGCCUCUUUGGACCACCGCGGCCUCCGUGGCUUCCAGCGCAACCGGCUACUGGAGGCCAUUGUACAUCGCUAUCAGCAGAGCCGGGGUUGUGGUACUGGAGCAACUGCAGCAGCUCUAGUUGCCCAUUGCCAGCUCUGUGACCGCACCCCUCCAGAGCCAGCAGUCACGCUCUGUGAGCAGUGCGAUGUACUCUAUUGCUCUGCCUGCCAGAUCAAAUGCCAUCCGUCCAGGGGACCGUUUGCCAAGCACCGCUUGGUGCAACCGCCUCCGCCACAGCCGGCGGCCUCUGCACCUCUAGGUGCUGCUCAAGGAGCCCCCAGCGGCAGCGGCAGCGGCGGCGGCGGCAGCAGCAGCAGCAGCAGCAGCAAAAGCCCAGGCCCGGGGGUAGGAGCAGCAGGGGGUACUGGGGUCCGUAAGUUUCCCACGUGCACAGAUCAUGAGCUGGAAAACUACAGUAUGUACUGUGUGAGCUGUCGUACCCCAGUCUGCUUCCAGUGUCUGGAGGAAGGCAGGCACGGCAAGCAUGAAGUCAAACCUCUAGGCGCCAUGUGGAAACUGCACAAGGCACAGCUAUCUCAAGCAUUGAAUGGUGUUUCUGAUAAAGCAAAGGAGGCUAAAGAGUUCCUAGUUCAGCUCAAGAACAUACUUCAGCAGAUCCAGGAAAAUGGGCUGGACUAUGAGGCCUGCCUGGUUGCUCAGUGUGAUGCCCUGGUUGAUGCUUUAACUCGACAAAAAGCCAAAUUACUCACCAAGGUCACUAAAGAACGGGAACACAAAUUGAAGGUGGUUUGGGACCAGAUCAAUCAUUGUACAUUAAAGUUACGCCAGUCAACAGGCCUAAUGGAGUACUGCCUAGAGGUGAUCAAAGAAAAUGACCCUUCUGGGUUUUUACAGAUUUCAGAUGCCCUGAUCAAGCGUGUCCAGGUGUCUCAAGAGCAGUGGGUUAAGGGAGCUUUGGAGCCCAAGGUGUCUGCAGAGUUCGAUUUGACUUUGGACAGUGAGCCUCUGCUGCAAGCUAUCCAUCAGCUGGACUUCAUCCAGAUGAAAUGUAGGGUGCCACCUGUCCCCUUACUGCAGCUAGAGAAGUGCUGCACUCGAAAUAACAGUGUUACUCUGGCCUGGAGGAUGCCACCUUUUAUCCAUAGCCCUGUGGAGGGUUAUAUCCUGGAACUGGAUGAUGGAGAUGGUGGGCAGUUUCGGGAAGUCUAUGUUGGCAAGGAGACCCUCUGCACCAUUGAUGGCCUUCAUUUCAACAGUACUUACAAUGCAAGAGUCAAAGCUUUCAAUUCCUCUGGAGUUGGGCCUUACAGCAAAACCGUUGUUCUCCAGACUUCUGAUGUGGCCUGGUUCACAUUCGACCCCAACUCUGGCCACCGGGACAUCGUCCUGUCAAAUGACAACCAGACAGCUACAUGUAGCAGUUAUGACGACCGGGUAGUACUGGGAACAGCAGCUUUUUCCAAGGGAGUCCAUUACUGGGAAUUCCACGUGGACCGAUAUGAUAACCAUCCGGAUCCAGCUUUUGGUGUAGCCAGAGUUAAUGUGGUCAAAGAUAUGAUGUUGGGCAAGGAUGACAAGGCCUGGGCCAUGUAUGUGGACAAUAACCGAAGCUGGUUCAUGCACUGCAACUCCCACACCAAUCGGACUGAAGGCGGUGUGUUUAAAGGGGCUACAGUUGGUGUACUUCUGGAUCUGAAUAAGCAUACCUUAACCUUCUAUAUCAAUGGGCAACAACAAGGUCCUACUGCCUUUGACCACGUGGAUGGGGUCUUCAUGCCAGCUGUGAGCCUCAAUCGGAAUGUUCAGGUUACUCUGCACACAGGACUAGAUGUGCCGUUGAAUACCAGACAGCAAAAACUGUCUGGAAACUGAAAUUCCAGAAAUCGAUGAUCUUCAAUGAGAAGAUCUUCCCUGAGAGAAGCCCAGCCAUCCUUACCUUCAAAUUUAGCACAGAAUCUGUCCUGAGUAACACAAAAUGGUCAAAUGAGGAGGGCAGACCAGUAGCCACUGAAGACCAUAUACAAAACUUUUCCUAGAGAGAAUCAGGAAUGGGUCUCCUCAUCACAAGUCCCUUUUCAUUUACAGAUGUGGGUGUGUGAUCUGUGUAUUUUAUCCUCAUAGCCUCACUUUUCCAUAGCAGAGCUCUUUAGGAUGGGAUGGGAGACUGGGGUAGCUUGAUAUUACGCUGUUACUUUGAGAACCUCAGAGGUCAGAGUUCCUUUCCUAAGUCACAAGAAAGGGAAUUUUAACAGGGGAGUGAGAUAGCAAAUCUCGGUGGUAUAUGUAGGGUUCUUAUAAUUCAUUUUAAAGUGGGAAUUAGUUUUUUGGGUUUUCAUUUCCUGGUUCUGAAAACAGCACUUCCAGAAAAGGCAAUGACCACUGUUUAAUUCUCAGUACUAAAGGGAGUGUGCUGUGUGUUUUGUCUUUUCCCCUACCUCUUUAUAGUACUUAGGUCGCUAGAUUUUUCUUUUGGGAUAGGAAAAUCAUUCUUUAUAAUAUCUCCAUUUUCUUCCUUCAGGAGUCUACUACCUGGUAUCUAUCAGUAUCAGUAAUGUAAUCAUGCCAUUUAAAAAAAAAUUAUUAAGCACCUACUCUUUGCAUAGCACAAUGCCCUGCACAUGAAGUAAACCUGAAUAUAUAGAAAAAAAAGUUGAUCCUAUAUUCUAGUUUUUCCAUUGAUUUAUUCUGGAGUUCACAGAAUAGCUUUCCUAGAACUUGUAAUACCUAAUUCAUUGUAUCUGUAACUGUCCCUACAAUACUCUUCUCCCUUCUUGACUAAGAUUUACCUUAAAAUAGACAAAUACACAUCCACAAAGAAAUAUAUUUAAAUGCUGUAAUGUAAAUACUAGCGUUUUCCUGAAAAUCUAUCCCCAAGUGGCAUAUCCCUUCUUGGCAACUGAGUUCCAAUUAAUGAUGUGCUGGUAAAUGUCUAACGACAGUUGUCUGAAGAGAAAAAGUAUAUACACAAAACAACUUUAAGUUUAGCUUUAAUUGUUAACAUUUUCUCCAUUACUUUAAGUCUAGACAAUCAACAAAAUGAUAAAUCAAGCUUUGAUUUGUAGUAUUUGCUGAUUUCUAAGAUGUAAAUGUUCACUAAAAACUUAACAAUCAAUUCAUCCCCAGUUCCAAUAGUCAGAAAUGAUCUCCAUAUUCUUUCCCAAGGAAUCCUUCUAUUCCUCAUUUGGAACUCCCAGGAGCUAGCACAUAGUAGGUGUUUAAUAAAUUCUUAAUAAUUGAUUGAUCACCAGUAGUGCUCUACCUUAGCUAAGAAAAAAAAAAAAAAAAAAACAAUAUCACUGUUCUGACUAUUCACGUUUCUCCUUGGAGGAGAGCAAGCUGGGAAAAUAUUGUUGAGGCCUUACUUGUAAGGUUGACUUACAAAAAAGCUGGGAAAGAGGCAACUUGAGAGCUACUGGCGCUGGGGUUGCCCUUCCUAACACUGUCAAUCUCAGAGCCACUAGCAUGUAAAAUUUGGGCUUCAUAAUAGUACUUUUUAUCCCUUGCCCAUCCCCAUUUGCCUCAAAACUAAGCCUGUGAACAAAAAUAUCAUUGAAGUCAAUUAAAGUUUUGCCCUGGGGACUGGGGUAAUAUGGAUUUUACAAUGAUUAUUCUGUUAUUGGGGUAGGAAAUGAGUCAGAAAUACCUCCCCCUUAUCCCUGCACUGGACCUUCAAUGGUGUUUGAAGUCCUUGGUGCACCCAGUCAUUGCAAAAGAAGAAAAUGAAACUCUGGGAUUAAACCCUCUCUUCCAGUACCACAAAGUUGAAUGUGAUCAAGACAUCCCAGUUAGUCAGAUGUCAUGGUAAGUGCUGUUUCCUAACUUUUACCAGGGAGGCCCAAUGCCUGCCUAGCUUUGGAGAUUCAGUGGCUGCAGGAGGUAGGUCCCUCCAGGAUUCCCAGAUAAUGAGCCUGCUCUAAGUCAAACAUCCUCUCCUGUUGGAUACUUAUUUCCCUCAGAGCAUUUGCCUCUGCUCUGCCCACCUCAGACACCAUCACCAGAAGGAAUGUCCUCAGAGGCAACAUACAAAAGGCAAAUUUUAUACUUUGGUAUCAUCUACACAAUUCCCAGCUAAUUUGAUCAAGAUAAUCAUGAUUUAAUUAGACUCACAACAACAGAAGAUGAUACGGGUUGCUCUGGAGGACAAUACUACAUCUGUCUCUUUUGCCUUUUCCUAGAUUUUCUGGGUAUAAACUGUACACAUUGCUGCAAAGCUCUCAGUUUUUUGGUUUUUUUGCUUUGCCUGCAUACUCACUCAUCUAGAAGCACAGCUAAUGAAUUGGCUAUUUUUUUUCAAGAUACAUGUGCCCAGAAUUAAGUCUGCAGAUUGGAGUCACAUUGUCAUUUCUUUGUAUGGAUUAGCAACAAUUGGGGACCAACUUGGAAAGCAUGUUUCAUCUGUGCAGAUAAAGAGACACUGAGGGAUCAAAAGUAGCAGUCAAGACAGAGGAAAUUUGUCAUGACACCAGGAUCUUUGGGAAGGAAGAAAUAAGACAAGGAGUAUGUCUGAGAAGUGAAGCAUGAUAAGAAUUUUGCCUUCAGUUCUCCUGGUUUACCUGUGAUCAUCCAGACUUUUUCCCAGCUUCCACCCUACCAUCCAACAGAGACAUACACUUUUGUAUCAAGGAUGAAAUGAAGGAAGCAACAUUAAUAAGCAAUUCCAUCUGAAAGCAACGAGUGAUUUUUCUUUUUCUUGAAGAGUACAUUUUAUCAGACCUCUUUGAGGCUGAGGGCUAAUUUACCUGCUGAAUCUCUUCUUAUUUUGAUCUGUGAGCCGAAAUCAACUGUGUUUUUUCUUAGGUUCUAGAUUCUUAUCUAUAUAUUAGGUUUCUUACUAACCACCGGUCGAUGCUGUGUAGGUUUUGAUAUUUUAUUCAGUGAAACCAACAAGCCUACCUCAGAUCUCAUGCUUCCAGAUCUCAAAUUCCCCUGAGGAACCUUCUCAUCCUUUUUUCUCCAUAAAAAGGAAAAGUAGGAUAGGUAUUGCAUGGGAUUGUUGUGACUAAACUAUCACUGAACUUUGUCUUAGAAAAUAUCCUUUUCUAGACACGACUUCUGAGCACAGCAGGUUCCAAGAAGGAGGAAUGUAGUUCUUUAACAUUUUCUGAGUAGAUAUGUUUCCUGCAAGAUCAUUCAAGAAA